CCGCGGCCGCGGGUCACCCGGCGGGUAGCAGUUGCUGAGUGUUAGCUAGACAGCAGCGACUAGGGCUCGGGCGCCGGCGAGAUGCCUUUGUUCACCGCCAACCCCUUCGAGCAAGACGUGGAGACAGGGUUUUACCAUGUUGCCCAGGCUGGUCUUGAACUCCUGACUCAACUGAUCUGCCCACCUUGGCCUCUCAAAUGCUGGGAUGAUAGGUGUGUGCCACCUCACCUGGUUUGCCCUUGCUUUUUUAUUCACUUCGUCUCUGGUGUGAUGACACCUGAUUGAAAAAGCCACAAAUGAGUACAACACUACAGAAGAUUGGAGUCUUAUUAUGGACAUAUGUGACAAAGUUGGAAGUACUCCUAAUGGAGCGAAAGAUUGCCUAAAAGCCAUAAUGAAAAGGGUAAAUCAUAAGGUUCCACAUGUUGCUCUGCAAGCACUAACUCUUCUUGGGGCUUGUGUGGCAAACUGUGGAAAGAUAUUUCAUUUAGAAGUAUGUUCCCGUGAUUUUGCAACAGAAGUACGUGCUGUGAUUAAAAAUAAGGCACAUCCUAAAGUAUGUGAAAAACUGAAAUCUUUAAUGGUGGAGUGGUCAGAAGAAUUUCAGAAGGACCCUCAGUUUAGUCUGAUAUCUGCAACUAUUAAAUCUAUGAAAGAAGAAGGAAUUACUUUUCCUCCAGCAGGUUCUCAGACUGUCUCAGCUGCUGCCAAGAAUGGUACGUCAUCGAACAAAAACAAAGAGGAAGAAGACAUAGCUAAAGCUAUUGAAUUAUCGCUGCAAGAACAGAAACAGCAACACACAGAAACAAAAUCCUUAUAUCCAUCUUCAGAAAUUCAGUUAAAUAAUAAGGUUGCACGGAAAGUGAGAGCUUUAUAUGAUUUUGAAGCUGUUGAGGACAAUGAACUCACCUUUAAACAUGGUGAAAUAAUUAUUGUUUUGGAUGACAGUGAUGCCAAUUGGUGGAAAGGAGAAAAUCACAGAGGAAUAGGACUUUUCCCAUCCAAUUUUGUAACAACUAAUUUAAACAUAGAGACUGAGGCAGCGGCUGUGGACAAAUUGAAUGUAAUUGAUGAUGAUGUGGAGGAAAUUAAGAAAUCAGAGCCUGAGCCUGUUUAUAUAGAUGAGGAUAAGAUGGAUAGAGCCCUGCAGGUACUUCAGAGUAUAGAUCCAACAGAUUCAAAACCAGACUCCCAAGACCUUUUGGAUUUAGAAGAUAUCUGCCAACAGAUGGGUCCAAUGAUAGAUGAAAAACUUGAAGAAAUUGAUAGGAAGCAUUCAGAAUUGUCUGAAUUGAAUGUUAAAGUCCUGGAAGCUCUGGAACUAUAUAACAAAUUGGUGAAUGAAGCACCAGUGUACUCAGUCUAUUCAAAGCUCCACCCUCCAGCACAUUACCCACCUGCAUCAUCUGGGGUUCCAAUGCAGACAUAUCCAGUUCAAUCACAUGGUGGAAACUAUAUGGGUCAGAGCAUUCACCAAGUAACUGUUGCCCAAAGCUAUAGCCUAGGACCCGAUCACAUUGGUCCACUGAGAUCUCUGCCUCCAAAUGUGAAUUCCUCAGUGACAGCACAGCCUGCUCAAACUUCAUAUUUAAGCACUGGACAAGACACUGUUUCCAAUCCUACUUAUAUGAACCAGAACUCUAACCUACAGUCAGCUACUGGUACAACUGCUUACACACAGCAAAUGGGGAUGUCUGUGGAUAUGUCAUCUUAUCAGAACACUACUUCCAAUUUGCCUCAACUGGCAGGCUUUCCGGUGACAGUUCCAGCUCAUCCAGUUGCACAGCAGCACACAAAUUACCAUCAGCAGCCUCUCCUUUAGAAACAAAGCAAGCAUUUUCUUGAAAGCCUUCAUAAGUGUAUUAUUCAGUCCUUGUGAUACCAACCUGAAAAUAUUAAAACUUUUUUCCCUCUCAACUCAAAAGGACCAUGAAUAAAUAAAGCACAAAAACCUCUCUUAUUCUACAAGGCCAUAAAA